GUUCAGUCUGGAGCCAGAUGCACCGAACAGGAGGCAGCAGGAGGACUAGCCUUGCACACCCAAGCACCUGCUUACGAUGUCUUUUCCAGGCUACUUCCUCUGCCUUCUUGCCUUGACUUCAGCCUGUUACAUUCAGAACUGUCCUCGGGGAGGAAAGAGAGCUUAUCCGGACACCGAAAUCAGACAGUGUAUCCCCUGCGGUCCCGGAAACAAAGGGAACUGUUUUGGCCCCAGCAUCUGUUGCGGAGAGGAGAUGGGGUGCUACUUCGGCACUUCCGAAACCCUGCGUUGCCUGGAGGAAAAUUACCUGCCUUCCCCGUGUGAGGCUGGAGGAAAACCUUGCAGCGCAGGAGGAAGGUGUGCUGCUUCGGGCAUUUGCUGCAAUGACGAGAGCUGCACCGCCGAUGCUACAUGCGUGGAUGAAAGCGGCGACAGAAGCCGGAUGUCGGUGGAAAAGAAUCUGACUGUGCUGGACGGCUCGGCGGGAGAUCUCCUUCUCAAACUGAUGCACAUGGCCAACGUGAACAGGCAGCUGCAGGGCAAACCGCAGUUUUACUGAAUUGUGGCACUCGAGGCCGGUGGGCGCACUGCUUACUUUCCACAGUGCACUCCGAGGAAGUCCUAUACCGUAUAAAGAAAUAACCAUUUGAGAGCAAAAUGUAAAUACACAGCAAACAAUAAAGCUCUUUUCUUGCA